AGUACCGAGCAGUUUAUAACAACUUUAAAGAGUAAAUAAAAUGAAAGAAUAAUUUUAUGUAAUGAAGCAUGGUCUUAAAAGUUUUAUAUGGUUUUUAUUAGGCUGUUAUGUGACGCAUGGGAGUAACAAUUUAAAUCAACGUUCCUGAUAACGACACAAAGAUGUCACAACGUAUGUUAUUGCGUAUGCUGUUUGAGCGAUACCUACAUGCAUGCCUCAAUUGUUUCAUGUAGUUUCAGUAUUCUGAGAUAGAGGGCAGGAGGAAUAAAAUGGCAGAUAGUGGCAGUGGUUGUAAUGACUUUUUAGGAUACUAUCGAGCAAUUUCGAAUAAAUUGAAGAAGCGAUUUCUUAGAAAACCAAAUGUAACUGAAGCUAGCGAUCAAUUUGGAAAACUUGCACUUCAGUGUGAGCAUGAGGAACUGCCACAAUAUGCAGGGUUGUGUUGGAUAGCAGCUGCCAGAUGUGAAAGUUCACUAGGAAAUGCCUCUGGUGAAGCAUGGGACUUAGUUCGUGCGGGAAGACAAUUUCUGAGGGCAGAAAUCUGUGCAAAAGACCUUGGAUGCCCAAGUCCAGGAGGUGAACAUGUUCAGGCAGCAAUCAGCUCAUUUUCACAUGCUGCCAGUAGAUGGCAACACCAGCAUAACCAGGACCAACCACUGAGUGGCAGUCACCAGUCACAAUCUCCACUGGCUGCAGGCCUAGCGCUGGAAUUGGGGCAGGCACUUAGGGUAGACUUGGACAGGAUAGCAGAGGCAGCAACACAGUACAGGCAUGCAGCAGAUAUGCAGCGGAGCAGCCCCCUUGAGCAGCUGAACAGUUUGGGUCUGUUAGCAACCUGCAAAAUUGAACUAGGUGACUUUGAUGGCGCUCUGUCUGUGUUUAACGAGAUGGUGUCAGUUGUUGAAUAUGGUGGGAAGCCACCAUUGGGUGUUUACUGUGAUAUCAUGCACAGGUGUGAAGUAACACGCGUUCUACUCCUGUUAAUUUUGCAACCUACAGCACAACGUCUGCCUCAAGAUCUCGCCCAAGUGCUGGAGAAGUAUGCUUGGGGUGAGGAUGGAAAAGUGCCAGUGAGUUUCCUGACAGAAGAUCAGUUUCUUCUACUCCAGUCUCUAGUUAUGGCAUGCCAGUCACAUGAUAUGGAAUCAUUGUGCAUCCUUGAAGCUGAACUUUGGUGUCAUUUAACAUCAGAACAGAAGGACUUAUUACGGACUCUUGUCAGAAAAAUGAGCAACGGAGUUAAGUGAGAAGUGCAACAGUGAGUUUAGAAGGCUGUUCAACUUUUCCACAUUGAAAAUGUAAUCAGCAUGUGCCUAUUUCCUUCUGGUUCACCACGUUGAAUUAUGGCAGAUGUUGGCACCUCAUAUUCACAUAGUAUGAUGCUGAUAUACUGUUCACAGAUUGAGAGAUGAUGAGGUAGUUCUACUCAUCCACCUGGCAGAACUGCACAUGACAAAAAAACAAAACAAAAAAAACUAGGUAAGUGCUGGUAUAACAAAACGUGUACUUGUGCUGUACAGCUCAAGCGAAAGUUGAUGUUACACGGAAAUGUUACUAGAAUUCUCAAUGCUUGGGACUGCAAAUACUAUUUUGAACUUAACUACCUUUAAUUUUAACAAAUAUGUUUAUUUAUUAAGCUGUAUGAAUUGCUCCCUGUUCAGUCAUUGACUUGGAGUGUAAUUGAUGGUAUGCACGAAUAUUCAGUGCAAACUACAAUUUUGUUAAGGAAUGGACACAUGCUACUGCCUUCUCAAUAUGUGUAUAACAUGAUUACCUGAAAUACAAACAAAGGGAUUAGAGUGAGAAUAACAUAGAAAUCCUACUCUAUUUUAUAUGCGCCUAACUAUGUUAAUAAGUUAAGAAAUUGUAAAAGUCAAAUUAUGAUAGAACUGAAACAGAUUUUUGUGAAAUUUAGUGUUGGGGAUGUAGACUAAAAAUAUCAGCCUAGCAUAAUGUUUACUUCACAUUCAUUGAUUUUAUUAAAAACAAAUAAUUCUACAAAAUAUUUGUAUAUGAAAUAAAACACUUCUCAUUAAGAUUUGAAACCUUUAUUUUAAAUGUUUUUGAUAUGAUGAAUGUUAAGUGAAAUGCAAGGAAAAUCGUGAUAUUUAGACUAGUAUGGAAACUUUUUCAACUGUAGAUUUUUGUGUAGAGUAGGUGAUUAUUAAGGUCAGUGAGGUGUGCAAAAUAACAAUGAAUGCAUUUGGGAAAGAUGUGUGUAGAUACAUAGGAAUACAUUUCUGCUCUGUUUUAUUUUCAUCAAGGUUGUCUUCAUAGUCUUGAGAGUUCCAUACAGAAACUGAAAUAUUACAGUGCUUUCAUUAUGUGUAAUACAGAUUCAUAUGAAUGUGAAGCGUUUUUGACUGCAGAGGAUAAGAGAAUACUUAUCAGAAGUUGUGACAUAUAUCAUCCAGUCACGUUCCAACCUGAAUAACGAUUUCCUUUGUUAUGCUUUUUAUUGUUUUAUUUGCUUUUCUGUUCAUGAGACUAUUUAUUUUGUCUUUAAAUAUUUUAUUAUGUUACUCUUGUUGCAGCUACCUAUAAAUGGGACCUGUAACAAAACUGCCUGAUUUCUGGGGUUUGCAUUCGGCUUGUAUGGAUGUUUAAAUUUUCUGCAUACACAGAAGUCAUAGAAAUUUACAGUCCUAAAUGUAGCACAUUUGUUUUAAGUAGUAUAAAAAAUUUAUAAUUAUGAUAAACUAAUUACUCAUUAACAUUAGUGCACUGAUAUUUGCAUUAAUAUUGAACCAUUAACAAAUUAAUCUUUUGUUAGAGAAUUCAUGAAACAAUAUGCCUAAUAUUUUCAGAUCAUGUAAAUGUUUAUUAGUUAUGGUUAGAUGAUUAGAGUGUGAUUCCUGAUAGGAGCAGGAAUUUUUGUUUUUCACAUCAUCUACAACAGCUGUAGUAUAUGCCUGGCUUCAGAAUUUUUUCCUCUGGCGAUAAAGUGGCCACAGUGAAGCUGACCAUUCAUGUCUGUCAAGUGCUGAGGUUAAGAAUGUAUGGAGUUCUACAUCUGUGUCACUUUAUGCCUUCAUAGGUGCAGGAAACGACUUUUUUUACAUGAAAAUACGAGGCGCGUCCCAAAAGUAAGUUUCCCUGGGGCCGUUUACAGAAACAAAACACAAUUUCAUGGAAAUAUUUAUUGCAACAGAUACAGCAAGUG